AAGAAAAUAUUUUCGGAAAGAAAAAAAAAGAUUCAAGAUGAGUUUAGAUCUGAAAUGGGUCUUUUAGUCGAUAUAGUUUUGCAAGGGCAUGGUACGACAAACGAUGGUAAUACAGCUAGAAAAUUUUUUAAAAAUUUUGAAAAGUCUGCCAAAAUUACCAAUAUAGAUGAAGAACUUAUUAAAAAAUUUGGAAAUAUACUGAUGGUUUUAGCUAGUGAUUACGAAAUAGAUACAGAAUCAUUUAAGAACUAUUGUUUGGAUACAGCAAAAUAUUAUAUUACUCUAUAUCCAUGGUAUAACAUGCCCGCGAGUGUACAUAAAAUAUUAAUACACGGUGCUGAUGUUAUUCAACACGCACUACUUCCAAUUGGUCAAUUAUCCGAGGAAGCUCAGGAAUGCAGAAAUAAAGAUUUUAAGAUAUUUAGACAACAUCAUUCAAGAAAAAAUUCUAGGAUCAAUAAUAAUGAAGAUCUUGUACAUAUGUUAUGUGUAUCAUCGGAUCCAGUUAUAUCAAGUUUACGUAACGUACUAAAAAAAAAUAUACUCAAGCUUUCCGAUGAAGCACAAAACCUUACCAUGAUACACCCGGUUGUAGUACGCCAAAAAAAAAGAAUGAUGCGAGGUGGAGACUUAGCAAAAGAUGAAAAACCUAAGCACCGGGUCCAAAAGUUCCGUUCAGAGUGGAAAACGGAUAAAAACUUUCGAUAUUGGAUUGAACGAGAUACCGACGAGACAAAAGCAAAAUGUACAUUUUGUAAAGUCUCUAUGGUUUCAGAGGGAUAUUUUAGCUUACUAACUGAUGAGUCAACUGACAUCGGAACCAUUAAAACAGCAUGUGUAGUUGUACGAUAUUAUGAUAAAGGUUCAAAACGGAUAGAAAGUACAUUUUGGGAACUGCACAAUGUGUUUGACAGCAAUAAUCCAUCUUCGGCAACCGCUCAACAUUUAUAUAAUGGCUUAAUAAACACUUAG